AUGGUCAACUCGCUGCUGUUCGGGGAGAUGGCCUUGGCUUUCGGCUGCCCGCCGGGGGGCGGCGGCUGCGCAAGCGGUGGCGGUGGUGGUGGAGCCGGGCCGGGGCCCUCGCCCGUAACGGCGGCACUGCGGGACGAUCUGGGCUCCAACAUCCACCUCCUCAAGGGGCUCAACGUGCGCUUCCGCUGCUUCUUGGCCAAGGUGCACGAGCUGGAGCGGCGCAACCGGCUUCUGGAGAAGCAGCUGGAGCAGCAGCAGAGCGAACGCGAGCGGCGACUGCGCUACAAGACGUUCUCCCGGGAGCAGGCCGUGCAGACUGGGCCCGAACUGCUGCGGCCGCCGGCGGCGGGCGGCGGGCAGGCCCUCGGCGCGGCCACCGGCAUCAACGCCAACGCGGUGGCCCUGGGCGGCCUGCCCCCCGGCGGCGGAUCGCACCCGCAGCACUACGGCCGCUUGCCCGGGACCAUCUGGAGCUACACGCAGGUGCGGCGCACGGGCGGCGGCGGCGUGGAGACAGUGCAGGGCCCCGGCGUGUCGUGGGUGCACCCGGACGGCGUGGGCGUGCAGAUUGACACCAUCACGCCAGAGAUCCGCGCACUCUACAACGUGCUGGCCAAGGUGAAGCGCGAGCGUGACGAGUACAAACGGAGGUGGGAGGAAGAGCUGGCCAAGCGCAUGAACCUUCAGACCAUGGUGGACACACUGCAGGAGGCAGCUCAAGAAGCCGAGGCUAUCCAGGAGGAGAUGAACGAGAAGAUUGAACGGCUCAAGGCCGAGCUGGUGGUGUUCAAAGGGCUCAUGAGUGACCCCAUGACAGACCUGGACACAAAGAUCCAAGAAAAGGCUAUGAAGGUGGACAUGGACAUUUGCCGCCGAAUCGAUAUCACGGCUAAGCUGUGCGACGUCGCACAGCAGCGGAACUCGGAAGACGUGUCCAAGAUCUUCCAGGUGGUCCCUAAGAAAAAAGAUCGUAAGGUGGCUUCGGAUGAUGACAUCUCCGAGCAGGAUGGUGAGGUGAAUCGGUUCUCAGAUGAGGAGGUCGGAUCCAUGAACAUCACAGAUGAGAUGAAGCGCAUGUUUAACCAGCUGCGGGAGACCUUUGAUUUUGAUGACGACUGUGACAGCCUGACCUGGGAAGAGAAUGAAGACACUUUGCUGCUGUGGGAGGAUUUUACCAACUGUAACCCGACCAUUGACCUGCAGGGCGAGCAAGAAGAAAACUUGGGCAAUUUGAUCCAUGAGACUGAAUCCUUCUUCAAGACGAGAGACAAGGAGUACCAGGAGACGAUAGGCCAGAUCGAGCUGGAGCUGGCCACAGCCAAGAGUGACAUGAACCGACAUCUGCAUGAGUAUAUGGAGAUGUGCAGCAUGAAGCGAGGCCUGGAUGUGCAGAUGGAGACCUGCCGCCGGCUCAUCAAAGGCUCCGCAGACAGGAAUUCACCGUCCCCCAGCUCUGUGGCCAGCAGCGACUCAGGAAGUACAGAUGAGAUCCAGGAUGACCUGGAACGAGAGGCAGAUGUGGAGCCCAUGGUCAGCUGAUAAUGGAGGCCCCGUGCGACUGGUGGUCUUGGUGAUGGGGUCCAGACUCUUCUCCUCACCGAGCCAAGAGGGCUCCUCGCCACACAGACUUCUGUCCUCCCUUCUCCGGAGGCCCAGAGGGACCGCUGCUUCCUUCCUUCCUCCACCCCCCACCCCACCCCCACGGAAUGGUGCUGUCGAUUUUCUAUCGUUCUCCACAUCACAAACGCAGACUUCUGUGCAACGAUGCAGUGCAACUGUGCCUUCUCCCUUAAGCUGAGCCACUUUGAGCUCCAAAGAAUUCUUCCUAGCAGGUGUUUUUAUACAAAACUCUACGGUGAGGGCGGGGCCUGGGCUGUGGUGUCUUUUGGUUUUCUCCCUCUCACCUGCUCCCCUGAUUGGCUAUGAGCUUUGCCCUCCCUCCCUCCCUCUCUCCCUCUGUGUGAGGUCAGUGGCCACUUGGGGAAAUCUGCCUUCCAGAGGAAAGAGGCUGUUAAUCUCCAGACCUGGGUGAGCUCUCCCUAAUGUUUCUCACCCACUGAAAGACAGGUGGAUGGAGUGGUGGGAGGGAGGGAAGACCCUUUUUUUUUUAGAUCAGGUGGCAAUGUGUUGAGGCAAGGCACUGUGGGGGAAGGUAGAGCCUCACUGUUUAAACUAUGCAAAAACAAAAACAAAAAACAAAAAGCAGCUUGCCUUAUAUCAGUGGGGAAGGCAGGUCCUCUCUCAGACUCCUGGAAACUGGGAGGGAGGCCAAGUUUAGCCUGAGACCCUUGUAGCCUGUGAAGGUGAGCAGUGGAUUUGGAGGUGGCCCCAUUCAGAUCCCAGUGAGGCCUGCGUUCUGUAAGCUGGCCCACUGGACUGUUGGCUUUCUUGGGGACCUCUGUGGGGUGGGGUGGGGUGGGUGGGGUGGUGGUCUUUUAUUGUCCUGAUGACUUGAUGUUCUUUCCUGCCUCUCCAGCCACCUGCCAGGUUCCACAGUUGUAAUUUCUCUGUGAGAAAGUAUGAACAGGCCAGGCCACUGGUACCCACUCCGGCUGCCAUGGUGCCAUCUUGGUCCUCCAUUGUCCCUCUGGCUAGAAAAAAAGCCUGGUGAGGGAAGAGGAGGGAGGUGGUAAGGCUCCUGGCAGGCUGGUGGUAGCAGGUGCAGAAGCCCCAAGUGAGGACCGUCCUUAUUCUAGGCUUUUCCAGACCCACUUGGUUAGACUCUUGAGGAGUCACUCUGAGCCAGUGUUUCCCCAAGACGCCAAUGGGCCUGAGUUAAGGGGCCAUAAAAUAGACCAUCCAUCUAGUCUCAGCUAGGAUCUCACCUAGCAAUCAGGUUUUAUUUUUAUUUUAUUUGUUCUUAUUUUUGUGUCCACUCUAGAGGUUUUGAUGGCCUAUGUUGUUUUUGUUGACCCAGAAGCUCCCUCUGGAGGGCAAAGGAACAAAAUGUACCCAGGGACCAGAACCCAUGGGCCCUCUGAGGCCUGUGUGUUAAAGGGUGGGGGACUCUGGGCUGGAGCCGUGGUGGUACCCUGAUUCUCUCCUGAAUCCUUGUAUCUCUCUCUGAGUGGCCCCAUCUGUUUUUGCAUGUAGAACCGGUGUGUAUAAUAGGCGAAUGUAUGUGUAGAGAAGAGAGAGAAUGUAUUUUUGGCUAUUUCUUUAUAUAAUUUAUCAUAAUUUGGUGACUUUUCUCAUGUGUGUUUUCCAUGAUGGGGUGGGGCACAUCCCACUGGUUGCCGUGUAGCCUGGCUGCAAAGGUUCGCUCAUCAUCUCUUAGUGACCAGCCAGUCCCUACUGGCAGGCACUUGGAGGGACAGUGGUUUGGAAGUGACACAGCCCCUUCCCUCACCCCCUUUCCCACCAGCCAUUCUUUAAGGGUUACAGGGUUCAUUCGCUUCUGGUUAUUAUUAUUGUGUUACUGAUAUUAUGUUUUGUUUUUAUUUUAACCAAAGGGUAUCAGAGCCAGAUGGGCCUGGACCUUAGCUGCUGUAAAAAAUUUCCGUUUCCAUGAGGGCAGGAAGGUGGCUGCCCCCAUGGGUCUCCUCGGCUGAGGCCGAGGAAGGUGUCCAUCCAAUGGUGGAGGCUACGAUUCGGGCAGGCAGAGUAGAAGCUGCCCUGGCUGUUCUUCAAGGUGGUGGUGUGGUGACACAUAUCUCUAGAGUUAAGACAGUAAGCUACAGUGUAAACAUUCGGGGUGACGAUGGUUACCCUGGAAGGUGGUGUUAUUUUUUGCUUUCCCAACUGUAUACAUAGGUCAUUUGUCUAGGCGUAUGAGAAGGGCAGGCUCCAGCAUAUUCCUCCCUGCUGACUUUCAGGGUCUGCCUUCCCCUGGGGAGUGAGGCUCUGAGGCAGGAGGAUGAUGGGAGAGGAACAAGGGAGUGGCGGGCAUGCCUCCUGGGCUGGUUCUGGGGUCUGGGCCUGGCCUCCUCUCUCUCUUUUUUUUUCAGUUUGUUGCCAGUGCUUGUCCCUCACUGUGAACCCACAGCUUGCCAAGAGAGACCCCACCGCUCACUGGGGCAGUGCCUGCCCAGUCUGGACGAACUUGUCCGUCCUUGUAAACAUGUACAUACUUCCCUUUGAGUUUUCUAUGUCUGAGCCUGGUGUCAUAUUGACACUGGUGUCUCAGGGCUUCUCAGUGGACUCUCCGUGUGGCCCUUGGUCAUGCUCCUAGUUUGGGGACCACAUACACAGGCAUAGCAGGGAGUCAGCAGCAUCCUUUCAGGUCCCUGGUUGGUCGUGUGAUACACACACACACACACACACACACACACGCGCGCGCGCGCGCGCGCUCAUGCACACACUCACGCACACUCCUCUAAGACUCCAAAGGAGAAUGACUGGGAAGCAGUCUGUCUCCCUGUGGCAGUGUGUCUGGAAGGUCUGUCCACUUUGGACUCUGCUCUGGGGGUGGAGCUCAGAUGACCUAUGGAGAAUCAAACCACUUUGAUUUGGGGCGGGAGAGGGGGCGGGCUGAGGGAUAACUUAAGCUAAAGGUAUUCUAUUUAUAAAGCAAGAGACUCUAUUUUUAUGAAAGGAAAGGGUUUUUUUUAAUGUAGGGUAGGCAGUCGUGGUGGCCCAGCAUUUUGCUGUGGAUGAGACACCACCAUGUUUGUUGACUUGGGGUGUGUAGCAAUCAGUGCCCCUUCCCUCACCUUGCCUUCCGUCUCCGUCUUCACUGCACACAGCUGGGGCAGAAGUGGCUUCCUUCUUUCCUCAGCCCUCAGCUCCUCGGAAGUCUUGGAAGAGAGCUGGGGCGGGGGAUGGGGGGAGCAGGCAAGUGGACUGCAUGAAACCGAGGUGGGGGAGGGGAGGCUUCAGAGGUAGGUUCUAAUUAGUUUGCCCAGCUCCCCUCUGUCCCCACUCAGUUGUGUGGAGGCAGAGUUGGGAAACACUGUGGGCUUGGGGACACAGGACUUCUUCCGGGCCUGGGCUUUACUGUGUCUGAAGUUGCCCUGCAGCUGGAGUAGGCACAGAAGGGACCCAGGAUGCUCAGAGCUCAGCCGAGGCUGUGUGUACUCCAGGCCAAGGUUCAGCUUUGUUCCCCGGAUGAAGUAGCAGGGCUCUGAGGAUUGCCUCAGACCUGGGUCCUCCCUGUGGGACCCUAAACUUGGCUUUUGAAGGGUAACUACCUACAGGGAGGUGUGGGUAGGGAUCUGAGCAAAGCCAUUUGCUCUCUCUGGGAGGGGAUUUUCCUUGAGUGAAGAUUUCCAGGCUCAGAGUGGGCUUCACAUAAGUCUUAGGCCAACCCCUCACUUUUCCCGCUCCCUCCCAAGCUCUCAAGGAACUGUGGUGAACUCCUCACAAAGCCCCCUUACGCACAGUGUAGCAUCCACCUGGUUUUUAGUCCUACCUACCCCACGGUUGCUGUGUCUGUCAGUUGAGUCUAAAAAUCACCGGGAGGGGUUUGUACUCAACGGAAAGACUACUGACCCUACCAGAAAACCAACCUGUUUACUGUACUGUUGUAAAUACCGUGCCCUUUAUAUCCUGUAUAUUGGCUUCUUUUAAAUAAAGUAAAAAUGUCUUAGAA